AUGUCAUAAUAAAAAUAAACAGUUUUUAAUUAUAAUAAUGAAGAAAUGUAACACAUUAGUUAUAUAGUUAGUGGUGGAUGUUUAAUGUUGAUGUACGAUUCAGAUGAUGAAGUUGAUAAAUUUAAUUAAAGUCUUUAGGAAAGCCAGAUCCAAUUAUAAAAAACAACUACCAAAAUGCAGCAAAUUUAACUACAGAAUAAUCACAAUAUAAAAAAAUGA